AUGUCACGAGUUCUGUUCGGGAUUCCUGUGGUAAGCCGAGAGGGCUGUGAAGAGCUGUCACAAAUCUUUACCAACCACAGCAUCCCAAGAGAGGAUGAAGAGCGUUCGAUCGGUAAAAUCCCUACGGUCGCUCAAGUCACAGGUGACAGCCAGUCGAGGAAGUCUUUAGUCGCAGGGAACUCUCAAGCAGAAAUGGUGGCCGUUAAGAUAAUGCGGAAGAAGGAAAUAAGAAUCUCCAGGAAAAUUCUAAUCGAAGUCAAACAGGCGCGAGAGUUACGGCACGAGAAUAUCAACCUUUUUAUCGGCAUUUGCCUCGAAUCCCCGCAAAUCCUCAUCAUCUCAAAGUACCUCAAGCGCGGCAGUCUGCAACUGCUCCUGAAAAACGAGGACUUCAAACUGAAAGAGAUUUUUAUUCUCUCGCUAAUCAGAGACGUCGCUACGGGUAUGACGGUACUCCAAAGUAGCCCAGUACAAGUCCACGGUCGUCUCAAGUCUUCCAAUUGCCUGAUCGAUUCGCGCUGGGUAUGCAAGAUAGGAGACUGGGGCUUGGGUGAAUUGCGGUCUAGCUUGGAAAGAUUACCACAGAGGAAGAGGAGUACAACGGUAAGAGCUGACAUGCUGUGGGCGGCACCGGAGCGCAUCCACGACGGCAAACUUGACAUAGCAGGUUCCCAGAAAGGGGAUGUGUACAGCUAUGGGAUCAUCUUCCAGGAAAUCGCCACCAGAGGUUCUCCCUACUGCAUGUUUAAGGACCUCACUCCUAACGGUACAUCUAGCUUGUGUUGA